AUGUCGACAAAAUGCUUCCUGCAAAGCGUAGCUCUGCUCGCUAUCGCAGGCACUUCCCAUGCUGCUCCUUUCGUCUCAGAGGCACAGACAACUGUCUCUUCAUCUGGAAUCGCAGCACCCAUCAGACCUUAUAGCGAUGUGACUUCUCACGGCCCAUACACCGGAACACCCACUACCACUGGUGCCGUGUCAACUACCGUUCUAGCAUCCGCUGUUCCUGAGAGACCACCUCCUCCAGGAUCUUACGACUACCCUGCCGAUGGCAAGCUUCACGCUCCUCAGCCUGCCCCCUACACUCCUGAUGGAGGUGUUGGUACCAAUGGUUCUGCACCCGUCUACCGUGUGCAGAGCGACUUUGACUACCAGUCUCUUGCGCUUGCGCUCUACCAAGAGUGGAUCGAGCUUGAUCUCUUCCGCUGGGGUCUAGCUACUUUCUCCAAAGAGGAAUGGGAUUCCUACGGCAUCGGAGCUGAGGAUAGAUUCUUGAUCGAGUACAUGGCUGAGCAGGAGAUUGGCCAUGCUACUGUCAUCAGCAACAUGCUAGGCCCCGAGGCCCCCAAGCAGUGCACCUACAACUACCCCGUCUCCAAUGUCCCCGAGUUCAUCGAUUUCAACCAGAAGCUCACUCGCUGGGGUGAAUCUGGUGUCUACGGCUUCCUGCCCCAUCUCAAUUCUGGCCCUGCGGCUCAGUUGCUACUUCAGAGUAUCACCAUUGAGGCGCGUCAGCAGUUGAUCUUUCGACAGUUUGGCGGCAACUUCCCCAUGCCUGAGUGGCACACACCUGGUAUUCCCCAGAGCUGGGCUUGGACUCUUCUUGCUCCUUACAUCUCCAGCUGCCCCGCCGAUCAGACUCGCCUUGUUUGGCAGAACUUCCCAUCUUUGAAUAUCCUCAACCAGCCCAACCCUGCUCGUAUCAACGGCUCUAACGUCUGGAACGAGACCACUGGUGGUUACGCCAACACUUUGUCGACUGCAGACGUCAAGGAUGAUGAACUCUGUGUUAACGCUACCGACAAGACGCUUGAUUGUCCUGCUGCCAUCAGCAACAACCGCAGCAUCCCACUCUCCUACCCUGGCCGCCAGGUUUUCCUGAACUGGGACGCUCCAGGUCAAGCUGUCGGUCCCAACAACAGUUACAUCACUUCAACCAACGUCAAGGCUCCCAAGUUCGCCGCUUGGGUUUCUCAACUCAAUGUGACUUACUCGCCCCUUCAGAACGUCAGCCUCGAGGACCGAACUGCGUACACUAUUCAACCCAACGUUUCCACAUGGCAGGGUGACCCCGCUAUCAACAGCACCAUGUUCCUUGCUCUGACCGAUACUGAUCUUUACGUUACGCCUUACAACCUCACUAUGAUCAACCCUCAUGUUGCCGCUCUCGCUGUAUACCAGGCUGGUUAA